GUUCAAAAUAUCAUUAUAUGAGUACAUUCCUUUAUCUUAUCCUGAUAAAAUAAAGAACAGCCUGAGAUGGACUAUGAAAAUGUACCUGAUACAUCAGCAAGAAAAAGAAAACUCUGCAGACUAGUUGUUCUGAGCUUUGGACUUCUGUUUAUUCUUCAAGUUAUUCUCAGCAUUUCCCUGCGACUGGCUCUUUACCAGGCCACUAAAAAUGAGACUAAAGAAGAAGAGUCACUGAGGAGGAGGCUGAAUAUGUUUGAUCUCAAUACCCAACAAGGAUGGGUAUACUUCAGGGACAGUUUUUAUUACAUUUCGUAUAUUAAAAAGUCCUGGAGUGACAGCAGAGAGGACUGUUUGCAAAGAGGUGCAGACCUGGUGAUUAUCAGCAGCACAGAGGAACAGAACUUCAUAAGGCUGUUCAGGCGUAACACGUGGAUCGGACUGAGUGACACAGAGGAAGAGGGGACGUGGAAGUGGGUGGACGGGACUUUGCUGAACAGCAGUUUCAGAUACUGGCGAACCGGGGAGCCCAACAGCCUUGGAGACGAAGACUGUGGCGUGAUGGCAGCCAAUGACGAAGAAAACUGCUGGAAUGACGCAAACUGCAGGGAUGAAAACUUUUGGAUCUGUGAAAAAAAGGUGGAACAGUGAUCAGUAGCAGGGAAAUUGUCCCAUCACAUACAGAUGUUAACACGUUUGUCUUGACUGCUGGCUUGCUAGGUUGUGGAAAAUCCUUUGAAUUGAUAAUUUGUGAGUCUUUUAUAUCUGCUUUUAAAUUCCUUAGAGAGACACCUCUAAAGGGAAGUCUGAAGCAUGUAGAUGAAACCCUAUUUAUAAAUUGCUGUUAAACAUUAAGUUCCUGUUAUUAUUGUAUACUUACUAACACAUACAUAGAGUUCCACUAGCUGAUGCAAUUUUUAAAAUAAUUCAAAUGUUGAGAGAAUACCAAUAUAAUAGAUGAGAUUUUCUUUUAUAUUACAUUUAAAAUUCCAAAGUUCUCACUUUGUUGUUUGAAUAAACUCAGUUUUCUGGUUUUAACAUUUCGUUUAAGCAGGGUAUGCUGUUGCAGGCUAUUAAAGAACACUUCUUUGUUUCUGUUCCAUAACAGCUGCUAUAAACGCUACUAAGCCAUCUUUCACAUAACAACGCUAAGCUCUGAGAUCAUGUUACUGUAAAUACAACAAGACAAAAGUCUCUGUACAAAAACAAACAUCCUUGAUUUGUGAGCAUUAAGAAAUUGAAACAUAUUUUUCUCUC